AUGCUGAUGCUGCUGCUGAUGAUGCUGCUGCUGCUGAUGCUGCUGCUGAGAGUGGCAGGAGCAGUAACUGCAGCAGCAGCAGCAGCGAACGCAGCAACAACAGCAGCAGCAGCAACAGAAGCUGCAGCAGCAGACGGAACAGCAGCAACUGCUCUGCUGCCUUUCAGCCAACAACAGCAGGAGCAGCAUCACCUGCAGCAGCGACAGCACCGGCAGCAGCAGCAGCAGCACCUGCAGCAGCAGCAACAGCAGCAGCAGCAGCAGCAGCAGCAGCGAGGUUAA